GAAAUGGAGAAUCAGACAUCUGUGUCUGAAUUUCUGCUCUUGGAAUUCUCAAACACCCACCAACUGCAAAUUCUACACUUCCUUCUGUUCCUGGUCCUCUACUUAGCCACAGUAACAGGGAAUCUUCUCAUAAUCGUUGCAGUAGCAUUUGAUCACCAUUUACACACACCAAUGUACUUCUUUCUGAUGAGCUUGGCUAUACAGGACCUUGGCUCUGUUUCUGCCAUUAUGCCCAAAUCCAUGGUUAAUUCUCUUUUUAAUACCAGACACAUUUCUUUUUCUGGAUGUGUGGCACAAUUCUUCUUCUUUAUGUUCUUUGCAGGAUCUGAUUUAUCCCUGCUCACAGUCAUGGCCUAUGAUCGAUACAUUGCCAUUUGCUAUCCAUUACAAUAUGAAAUGAUAAUGAACAGGAGAGCUUGCACUCAAAUGCUUGCUGGUGUGUGGAUCUUCAGUGUUCUCAAUGCAGUGUUACAUGCAUGUGGCACGUUUUCAACCCCUUUCUGCUCAAAUGUUGUCGAUCAAUUUUUUUGUGAGAUCCCAAAGUUGCUUAAGCUCACCUGCUCUGAUUUGAAUCAAAUUGAAUUGGGAUAUAUUGUGUUCAUUGUUAUCAUUGCAUUUGGCUGCUUUAUCUUCACCACAGUAACUUAUGUGUACAUCUUCACUGCCGUCUUGAGAAUCCCUUCUGUGAAGGGAAGGCAAAAGGCCUUCUCCACAUGCCUUCCCCACCUCACUGUCUUUUCCAUAUUCAUAUUUACUCCAUGCUUUUCAUACCUCAGGCCUUCCUCCAAUACUCCCUCAAAUCUGGAUUUGGCAUUUACUAUGAUAUAUUCCAUUGUCCCCCCGCUGCUCAAUCCAGUUAUCUACAGUAUGAGAAACAAAGAUCUCAAGGUUGCUUUGAUUAAACUGUUAGAUUUGAGGUUGUCCUCAAAAAAUGGGUCAUCCACCUUUCUUCUGUAA